AUCUUCGGUGUGAACAAAUUUCUGAAUCCGGCGUCUCUCCCCAGCCCCCUGGCCUUUGCCUGCUCGCCGAGGCUGUGCCCCCUGUCCUUUGGCGAAGGAGUGGAGUUUGACCCCUUACCACCGACGGAAGUAAGGUACACGUCGUCGGUCAGGUACGACUCCGAGCGGCACUUCAUCGACGACGUCCAACUGCCCCUGGGCCUGGCUGUGGCCUCCUGCAGCCAGACGGUCACCUGCAUCCCCAGCUGCACCUGGCGCAGCUACAAGGCCGAAGUGCGCUUCGAGCCCCGCCACAAGCCCAGCCGCUUCCUCAGCACCACCAUCGUCUACCCCAAGUACCCCAAGACCGUCUACACCACCACGCUGGAUUACAACUGCCGCAAGACGCUGAGGAGGUUCCUGUCCAGCGUGGAGCUGGAAGCCGCAGAGCUGCCGGGCGGUGACAGCCUCUUGGAUGAGUGCUGACGGGAGCCUCGGGGACUCGGACCGGCUCUUCCGCGCCCUUGAGUGGCCUUCGUGCCCUGCCCAGAGGAGUCUGGCCUCGCCAUGCCUCUAAGCCCCGCCUGGGGAAGAAAACAAUGUCAUGGCCUCUUAGAAUCAUGGAGAGAAUUGGGUUUUUAAAAAUGUUCAUGUUGGUUUCCAAAGGCGUAUAUUUCUCGUUUGCCGCUGCGUGGCUUCCCCAGAGUCUCAAUUUGAUGAACAAAUAAAAGGGCAACUGGAGCAAAAGGAAAAUGGCCCCUGUUUGAAAUAGGGAGGGAGGAGAGGGCUCUUCUCUCACGGGUCAGUUAGCCUGAGGAAGAGCAUGGAGAACGUCUCUGGGAUGGACGAAGUGAGUUGUGUAAGACCUUCCAGCCCUGGGUUGCCUUCACUGACAGCGGUGCUGGUUCCGUAAGCUGUGACAUCCCUAUGGGUCCAAUAUGUGGAGAGCUGAGUUCCAUUCUGUCAUUUAUUUCCAUUUCCAUUUGUAUUUCCUGUUCACCAAAACUCUUGGAAUUCCCUAAAUCCUUUUCAUAUCAAAAAACCCCAAACCGCUAUAGAAGAUGACUUUAAAGAGAGAAAAGGUUCACCCUGUUCUCCCCUCUCUUCAGGAGACUCACGUCCACCAGCGGCCAGUGUGAGAGCCGUGGCUUCAGUUCUGGGUCUUUCUACCAGUUGAGUCCCAGCUUGGGCUCUGGCAAAGUGCCUUGAACCCUUGGCAUCUGGUAAUGUCUCCACAGGCUUGUGUAACUCUCCUGAUAUGUGUUUUGGGGUUUCCAAAUACUUUCCUAUUUUUUUCAUAAGGCAGAACAUAGCCAAGGGCCCUUUUGAGAGAAACAGCAUUUUGGAAGAAUGCUUAGGGAAACCACUUUUGGGGACUCCGUGAGGGGGUUUCGCUCCCAGUGGGAAGGGCCGGCCACAGCCAGGACGGGCCGGCGUCUGGGAGAGGCAGAAGUAGAUGUUUCUGGUGACCUGUCCCAUCAGGAUGGGUGUCCUCUCCAGGGACCUGGUCACCACCACAGAGGACUUCUGCCAGUGCCUUAAGUCUAAGCCGGAAAGCAAGAAAAUUGCCCCACCCCUCCCUCCAGGUGCAGGAAAGGUGACUUCAGGAUAGGGAUUGAUGUCGCAAGUCAAACUCCGAAACUUGGGCACUGUUGGGUGGGACACAUUUCUUGUAAGAGCUUACUGUAACGUAAGUGACAAUCAUGGAGUUAGGUGCACGUGGAAGACACUGCGUGAGCUCAGCUGAACCAGCCUCAGACGCAGAAGGGGCCAGAGGCUGCGCCGGGCCAGGCUGUCUCUGGCCUCAGCCCCCUGCCCACCCUGCCUCCCCACCAGCCCAUGCUUCUUCCUCCUGCCAAUCCCUGAAGGUUUUGAAUGAAGACAGUGACAGGUGCCUUUUUCUCUUCCAAUAUUGGAAGGAACAAUCCGUGAAUAUUUCCUUUGAAUACAUCCAAAUUAGACCAUGUGCUCGAGCGUCUUGUAAACCCGGAUUUUCGAUGUAUUUUGGGCUUCUGUUGAUGGCUUCCGUGUGUCCCGAAAGCAGAGUUGAUAGCCCGAUGGGUACCCUGGAGCCACAGCAGGGACUUUUGUUCCGAGGAAAGCAGGUGUGAUGAUCUCUCGCUUGAAGUCACUGGAGACCUCUAGAGCCAACCUGGCUGGAGUCCUCUUCAGCUUUAACAUAAUGUGUAGUUUGUCAUGCCUCUGUUUGACGCAGCCUUCGGUGGGUCCGUGGUCCCAAGUUUCCCAUGGUGAAGCUCAGCGGGGACCCGUGAAGGGGGCGCUCUGGGACUCAUGCAGAGUGACAAAAGCUGUCUGCCUUUGGAAGAGUAAAUUACGUGGCAUUUCUUGAUAAAAAUGGAUUUUUUUCUCUCUGAUUUCAUCAUCUUGGCAUUUAAGACAAGUGGUAAAUGUAAUUUUAAAUUAUGUUGAGAGAGUUCCCAAGGCUUUGUCCUGGCCCAAUGAGGACACUUGAAUGAGCUCAGAACAAUAUUGUGAGCAGCGUGGCAGGAGAGACACAUGGGAGAGUAUGGCCUUGGUACACAGCAGCAUUUCGAGAUGUCCAUAUGAGAUUUGUUUGUUUGGGGGUUGGGUUAAGUUGGGACAAAGCAUUCUAGGUGUGGAGAGAAUCUGAAAUAUUUCAGUAAAGUAAGUGGAAGUGAGCAAUUCUGAAUGUGUAAUACGAAUGGAAAAGCAGGUUUUAUCUUAAGUUAUUCACUAGGGAGCUAACUGUAGUUCUUUCUAAUCUUUCUAAUUCUUUCUUUUUCUUCAAAGCUGCUUUGCUGCAAGUUAAUGCCUAAGAGGGUGGAAUGGGACACUUCAGGAGGGGUCAAAGGCCAUUGAGCUUGGUGGGCUUGCGUUAGUUCACGAGGUGGAAGCGAUGAUUUUAAAGCUCAUUAAAACCAACCAUUCCUAAGCAUAUCUGAGAGGUACAGUUUACUUAUUAACUAAAAAGUCUUUGUUCUCGGUCUCUUAAAUUAUAGCUUUCAUGUAAGAAGGAUGAUUUGUAUUUUCAGAGAAAAGUUGUUUUCAAGGUCAGACCUUUUAAAGAACGAUUACCUUUUCAUUUGACUCUUUUCCUGUUUCUAACCUUAGAAAAUCCAGCACGGUAUUUGAUAAAAACUAUUUUUUAAAUUUAUCUUUGACAUCUGUCCCAUUCCAUUUUGCUUUGUGACUUCUUCAUUUAACAAUAAAUUAUCUUUAAAGAAACAAAA